AUGCUUCGUUUCUUUUUUCUUUUGCAGAUGAGUCUUGUAGCGUCGCUGGAUGUGGACGAGGAGCUUGCGGAGGACGUCUUCUUCACUCUCCGCGUGCUUUCCGAUGACGGGGAGGCGCACAUCCCCUCCUGUUUCAUCAUGACUGCCGCACGGGAGAUGGGGUACUACCCCACCUCGCCCUUUCUGCGCAGCUGCCUGCUAGACGUCGCUGGACGCAGCAAACGCCUGACGCUCCCAUUAUUUCUACAACUCUGUUCCGCACUCGAGGCGACGCGGGCGCUGAACUCCGAGACCAUUGCGCAAUGCAAGCACGCCUUUGACGUCCGCGGCUCUGACACCUUGAACCGGGGUGAGUUUCGCACCAUCCUGACCUCGUCGGCCGCGACGGACAUGACCUCUAGUGAGGUGGAGGCCAUCAUAGAGUUGCUGGACCCAACCCACACAGACGUCAUUCAGCUCUAUGCGGUGCAGUUGAUUUUGUUGCGCUACCUUUCCAGGGACGCGUUGCCCUGUGAUGUGCCCGCCUACACGCCAGGGGGGGACACGCACCGUGGCUCCUCAGCCGGCAGCUGA